AUGAAGUUCCUCCUCCCAACAACCACAACCCUCCUCGCCCUAGCGAGCGUCUCCCUCGCCUUCGACAACGUCCCCGUCUGCGCAGUCCAAUGCAUCAAAGACGCCAUCAAGAGCGCCACGACCUGCGCCGAGACUGACGUCCCCUGUGCGUGUGAGGAGAAGGAUGCCAUACAGGCGGCGGGUACUAGCUGUGUCAUUAGUAGCUGUGGGUUGGGGGUUGCUUUGAAUGAGGUUGUGCCCGCUGUGCAGGCUGCUUGCAAGUGA